AUGACGGUCACCGCUACGGAUGCUGACACGGGUUGCGGACGCAACCUCCACUCCGAUUUGUUUUCGUUGAAUGGCCUUCCGGCAUCGGCUGCAGCACCGCCGCUGUCUCUGCUCAUCGCCAGUGAGCCUUCGCCUAGCAGCUGGCACGCCAAUUUGACCGUAUCGCAGUCGCAUGCCUUCGCGUCGCUCCUUCACCAAGUCGACGAACCUAGCGCUUUCGUUCCCUUCGGCAUCCCGUAUCUCGCCUCACUUGCUCGACCGCCCACCUCCUUGGUUCUCGGCUUCGUUCGGCUCGGCACCUUUGCAUCUGCUUCGCAUCGCUCCUUGUUCCUGUCUCUGCCUAUCGCCUCGACCGACUCUGCCGCCGCCGCCGCCGCCUUCGCCGACUUGACCGCCUGCGGUCCAACCACGCAUCACCGUGCCGACGGCCUUGUUGCAUCUGCAAAAUUCGGCGCACACCUCACCGGUCUCUCCGCCUCACGCCCUCUUUCGUACCCUUACCACGCUGUCUCAGAAAGCACGCUUGCGUCCGCUCACUCAUUUGUCUUCAACCGCAAACGACCUUUCCCUCGAACAAACAACCCAUCUCUCGUUCGUCCUUCUCGCACACUCCGCCCCUUCAAUAUGGCAGACGAACAGCCCCAGUGCAGUGGACCCGGCGAUAACUUCACCGGCUCCAUCGGUCUCCGCGUAGGCGCCAUCUUUAUCCUUUGGGUCUCGUCCACCGUGGUGACGCUCUUCCCCAUCCUUACCCGCCGCGUGCCCCGCCUCCAUAUCCACCGCGAAGUCUUUGACUUUGCAAAGUACUUUGGCUCCGGCGUCAUCAUCGCCACCGCCUUCAUCCACCUAUUGGCACCGGGUGUCGAGGAACUCAGCUCGCCAUGUCUCAACGACCACUUCCAGAACUACCCCUUCGCCUUCGCCUUUGCCAUGAUCGCGCUCUUCGCCGUCUUUGUCGUCGAGCUCUUUGCCUACCGUCUCGGCUCGAAAUGGGCCAACAAGCUCGCCUACAACCCGCACAUGGGCGGCCACCAUCAUGCGCUCGAACACCACGGCGGCCUUGACCACGACCACGCCCACGAACACCACGACCACAACCACGGUCACGUCGCUCCUGCAGCCAAGAACGCCCCUUCCGAAGACCUCGAGGGCUCUGCCGCCGACGUCUCUCGCUCAUCCCCCGCUGCCGAGGCCAAGAGUAUCGACGAUGCCAGUACCGCCGUCGCUCUCUCGUCCCAGGCAUCCGAGAUCGUCGGUGUGCUCAUCCUCGAGUUCGGCGUCAUCUUCCACUCGGUCAUCAUCGGCAUCACGCUCGGCACCACCACCGACUUCACCGUGCUCUUCAUCGUCAUCAUCUUCCACCAGAUGUUCGAGGGUCUCGGUCUCGGCUCCCGUCUGGCAUUCCUGCCGCUCAAGAUGACCUCCUGGAUUCCCGUCAUCGGCGGUCUCGCCUACGGCCUCGUCACUCCCAUCGGCCUCGCCAUCGGCCUCGGCAUCCGCAACACCUACAACGGCGACUCGGCCACCGCCAAUUACGUGACCGGCACCUUUGACUCGAUCUCGGCCGGUAUCCUAUUGUACACCGGCACGGUCGAAUUGCUCGCGCACGAGUUCAUCUUCAACGAGAGGAUCCGCACCGCCUCGCUCACCAAGCUCUCGGUCAGCAUCGUCGAGAUGAUGGCCGGCGCAGGUCUCAUGGCUCUGCUUGGCCGAUGGGCCUCCGGACAGACGAGCAGACGCCGAGACUUUGUCGACAAGCAUCGCCCCGUGCGCUCAUCUCGCGCUCCCGCUUCCGCACCUCCAGCAAGCAGUGUGCCUUCCUCGCUUCAUCUCGACACACCCCUCGCUAUCAGUCUCGAGUUCGUCAUCGUCCUCCGCUUCGCCAUCGCAGCCUACAUCAUCCUUGUCUUCAUCGACCGACCUCUUCGUUCGAAUCGAGUUAGCAACAUGGCGUUCUUCACUGGUGGUAGCCGCUUCCACACUGUCAAGCGAUCGGGCUCCCCCGCCUCUUCGGACGACGGCAAGUCGAAGCUGCUUCCCAUGCUCGACGAGAUCGAUGCGCUCGACGAGAGCAACGCGGGCGACGAGGACAACACGGUCGACGAGAGCAACACCAUCGUUGAAGACAUCAAGCCCGUCAAGCCCGAGGCGGGUUCCUCUUCUCCCUCAGCUGGCGAGAGGAAGACCCGCCGCCGCACCACCGAAGGUGAACAGCACGCCAUCAUGGCCAUGGCUAUGGCAGGCAAGAAGCCCGCCGAAAUCGCCAGCAUCCUUGGCCUUCUCCCGAACACCGUGCAGAAGCUCAUCACUCGCAAGCAAAAGCAGGCCCUCGGCAUGAUGAACCUCGAGCAGCUCGGAAAGACCUCUCCUGGCAAGAGCAAGACUCGCCGCCCGUGCCUUCGUCGCUCCAUCAUAGCUCCCUCCUCCCUUCCUCCAUCCCCUAUCCCCUCGCUCCUCCUUCCCAGCUCCGCCUUAUCGCCGAGCAGCUUGCAUACUCGUUGGUCGACACCACUGACGACACACCUUUGCACCCUCAGCCCUUCGUAUCCGCCUUACUCACCGCUCGUCGUCAUGUCGACCUACAGUGGUGCUAGCAGCUGCACCACGGGCAGCACGGGAGCUCCCUCCGAGUCCGAGCUCACCACCAGCUCCGCCUGGUCCGAGUGCGAGUACCCCUCGUCGGAGACUUCCGAGACGGAGAUCAUCGAGCUCGACUCGGACUCGGACACGGACACGACCAUUAUGGUUGACGACAGCGAGUCGUGCUACUCGCGCGCGGGCAGCGUCGACUCUUCGGUGAUGCUGCUCGCCACCGUCCGUGGCACCAGCCCCGCCCUGUCCAUCGAUAUCAACGACGCCAAGGACCACAAGGUCAAGGCGGAGGCUAAGCCGCGCGGUGGCCGUGCUGGUGGUAACCGAAGGCUGAGCGAGUCCGAGCAGACGCAGAUUGUGAUGCUGCGCGAGAAGGGCUGGACGUUCCGUGCGAUCGCCGAGGUGCUCGACUGCUCGAUCAGCACCGUCAAGAGCUUCGUCUCCCGUCGCAACCAGAAGAUGAACAAGUUCAUCGCAACGCUCCCCGGCGCAGCCGGCGCCAGCAACGCCCACGGUGCUAGGUCGGGCACUACCCGUGGCCGUCGUACUGGUGUCAAGAACGGAGUCAAGAACGAGCGCGACGUUGGCAUCGGCGGAUCCCGCUUCAUCAAGAAGGACGAGCCCUAA